AUGCGUCCGUCCAUCUUGCGACUCUCGGCCGUUGUCAACACUUCCAUGGCCCCCAAGGCCGUGAUUGAGUUCGGUCUCAAUCAAUUAACUGGUAGCAACAGCAUGCGCUCUAUUGAGGAAUUGACCUCUCGCAGCAAUAGCUGGCUUGAUAGCCUAACUUCGGACGUUGGGGACUUUCUCGACGACAUUGAAAAGAACAUAACCAACGCGUUCACCCAUGGCAUUGACAGCGUCGUUGGCGAUGCUGUUGCGACGGCGAAGCGCCAACUGAACAUUUCAGACUGGUACUCUUUACAUGUUCUGGGCACUUGCCAGGGCGAUUACACGCCAAAUGCGACUGUGAGCAAUCCGGGUCGCCGCACAAAGGGCUGCAGAGAAGACGUGAGGCAUCGUUUCAACCUUGCCGAGGUACUGGACCAGCAGUUUCAAAUCGGUAGCCGCAACGUGAGCCUCGGCGACCUUGAGUGGACAAACUCCAUACGGGACCAGGUCAAUGGAAUCAACGACGACUUGUACUCUCUGGUCAUUCUAUUGUCCCUCGCCUUUGGCUUGCUCGGCGUCGCACUGUUUUCGACCGUGGCAAACGUUGUCUGGCCUGGGAAGAAGAGUCUGGUUCUCGCGACGCUCGUAUUAACGACGCUUGCCAGUAGCAUCAUCAUGGGCGCAAGCAUAGCAGUAAAUGUGCAGACCUCGCGAUCGACAAGUGAAUUGAACAGGAGGACCAAGAGAAUCGGAAUAGAGACCUCGCGCGGCAACCCAUUCCUGUUCAUCAUCUGGACACUGAUGGCCUUUACAACCAUAGUGUCGCUGAACUGGCAGGCAUUGUACCUGCUAGUGAGACGAGAUGCGCGACGCGCCGAGAUUGUCAAGUACUCUGCCAAGCGAGAUGCAUCAGGACAACUAUUAAACUCAGGAUCCGAUGGACCAACUCAGCGAGAAAAAUCAAAUAAGAAAUCAAGACUAUAG